AAAAUUUAGAUUAUAUUCUGAUUCAAGAUGGCGGCGUCCGGUGCGGCCCAGGACGAAUGUCUGAUGAGCUAUGAGAAACUAGACAGAGCAUCUCCAGAUUUAUGGCCAGAACAGAUCCCCGGUGUUUCAGAGUUUGCUGCUAAAAGUCCUUUGUCCAGUCCCCAGCCCACAUGGAUGUCCGAGUUACAAUCAGAAGAUAUUGGACUUUUACAAGAGUUUGGAAGUCUGACAACCUCACAGCUGAUUGACAAGAUCAGAGGCCUACAGAAUUUGGCCUAUCAAUUGGGUCUAGACGAAGCCAGGGAAAUGACACGUGGAAAAUUCCUCAACAUCUUACAAAAGCAAAACAACAAGCACUGAGAGGAAGGAACUGUGAAAACUUGUGUUCAGCAACAUAUAACUUUUCAUUUAUUUGUUUUGUGUAUUUCAUCCUCAUUAUGUAUGUACUUUGUGCUGUUUAAUGACAUCAGAUAAUGAUCAGUUUAAGUGUAUUUAGUAUGAUGUUGUUUGUAUGGCAGUAAAAACAAAGUUGUAAAUGAAGAUUCAGUGAGAUAUAACAUGUAUGUCAGCGGUCUACCUAGAUUGUUGGGAGUACCUACCAGUAAAAUAAAGUAGGUUUAACUGAACAACAAAUAAGUCAGCAGGUGGACCUCCUCCCAGAUGUUGUUUGAUCCUUCUUUGUGCAAUCCACUUUGACAUUUCAUUUCAACCACCUCAUCCAUCUAUAUAAUAUGUAAUCAUUUUAAAAUAGUAAGCAGUAUUGCCUUACUUGUGUGUGUCGUUGUUUGGUGUCUUCUAAGUUAGAUGAGGUUUGUCAUAACUGUAAAUCAUAUUUUUGACUAUUUCUUGAAUUAUAUACCUGAAGGCUUUUUUUGUGAAUACAUGUACUGGUAUGCAUUUGAAAUGCUAUUUGAAGAAACAAAACUUGUUUGGGGACUUCAAACUUAAUUUACCCUGUUUCUAUAUUACAAGAUGUUAUUAUUUCCUCUUCCUAGUGUGAAGUUGUCAGGACACUUUUCUCAAAAACUUAAUUGCAUACUUUAUGGAUCCUGCUCAGUGAAAUACAUAUACAUUAUUUCUCUAGCUCCAGCAGAUUGGAUUUAAUGGAAUUUCAUGUCGUGGUUUAAAACUACAAUUUGACCUUUCCUGGCGUCUGUGGAAAGAAUAUUAACAUCAAGUUGUCAGAAAAAAUUAUAUCUUGUAUACUAGCAAAAUGGCUUGUCCGUGCAGUGGAAUUCUAGGGUGUUUCUUCUCUCAUUCUACCGAUAUAUCUAAUGAAUAUUUACUCCAAUUAAAAAUUGGCAAUUAAAAUUGAAGAUUGUAAAAUGAA